AUGGUAUAUAAGAACAUCAGUAAUGUUUCUUUUUAUGAAGAAGUGACACUCGUUGCUUUAGAUCAUUUUGCUAGUUUUAACCUGCCGCCUACGCUUUCUCCCUUCCUAGAUUCGAAUCUCCUCUUUAAUGCCUACAGUAGUUCGGGUAAUAUAUUCAGCUGGGAUGCCUCAGAGACCCUGUCCGAGGCCAGCGAAGUUGGUUUUACGCGAUGGAUCAAUCACGUCUUCCUGCAGGGAAUGGCAGUUCGGGAGCUGCCACCACCAACAACCACUGCAGCACCGGACCCAGGCACUACCUCCUCCCGGCGUGCCCGCUUUUCCGAACCAAUCCUAACUGAGGCGAAGGCAGCUGCAUUGAGCCUGCUUCAAGCACCCUCUUUCGCCGCUCCGGCUCACCGAAUUGAACGAGAAGUCGAUGCUCGCAAGUUCAAAGUGCAUCCGGAUGCUAACCUACGGGCUGAUAAAGGUUAG